AAACCACAGAAUCAGAUCCAACAGUCGUCUCCUUGUAACAAACGAGAGGAGAGGAGAGGAGGGGAGAGAGAGAGAGAGAGAGAGGGAGAGAGAGAGAAAUGGAGAAGAUAUGUGUAGCAGUGAGAGUGAGACCUCCUGUGAUGGAGGAGACCUCCAAUGGAACUUUCUGGAAGGUCGAAGACAAUCGUAUAUCUCUUCACAAAUCCCUCGGCACUCCUAUCUCUGGAGUUUCUUACGCUUUUGAUUAUGUAUUUGAUCAAGAUUCCACAAAUGAAAGGGUUUACAAGCUUCUUACCAAGGACAUUAUUCACGCUGCUGUCGAGGGUUUCAAUGGAACUGCGUUUGCAUAUGGGCAGACCAGCAGUGGCAAGACUUUCACAAUGAAUGGUUCUGCAAAUGACCCGGGAAUUAUUCACCGGGCUGUAAAAGAUAUAUUUACAAAAAUUCAAAUGACGACUGACCGGGAGUUUCUCAUUCGAGUUUCUUACAUGGAAAUUUAUAAUGAGGAAAUUAAUGAUCUUUUUGCUAUAGAGAACCAGAAAUUGCAAAUUCAUGAGAGUUUGGAGCGUGGAAUAUUUGUUGCAGGUCUAAGGGAGGAAAUUGUGAAUAGUGCUGAGCAAGUGCUUAAGCUCAUCGAAUCUGGAGAAGUUAAUCGCCAUUUUGGUGAGACAAACAUGAAUGUUCGUAGUAGUAGAUCUCACACAAUAUUUAGGAUGGUAAUUGAAAGUAAGGGAAAGGAUUCAUGUUCUGAUGACGCAAUUCGUGUUGCUGUAUUGAAUUUGGUAGAUUUAGCUGGGUCUGAACGGAUUGCUAAAACUGGAGCUGGUGGAGUACGUCUGAAGGAAGGAAAACACAUCAAUAAGAGCUUAAUGAUUCUUGGCAAUGUGAUUAACAAACUAAGUGAUGGUGCAAAGCAAAGGGGACACAUUCCUUAUCGGGAUAGUAAGCUCACUCGCAUACUUCAACCUGCUCUUGGUGGCAAUGCCAAAACUUCUAUAAUUUGCACUUUAGCACCAGAAGAGAUUCACAUAGAGGAAACGAAAGGAACCCUCCAGUUUGCUAGCAGAGCCAAGAGAAUAACAAAUUGUGUUCAAGUGAAUGAGAUUUUGACAGAUGCUGCCUUACUGAAGCGACAAAAACUGGAGAUAGAGGAUCUACGUAACAAACUUCAGGGAUCUCGAGCUGAAGUGCUGGAGCAAGAGAUCUUGAAAUUGCGGAAUGACAUGCUCAAGUAUGAGCUAGAGCGUGAGAAACUUGCUAUGGAACUGGAGGAGGAGAGGAAAUCACACAAAGCACGAGAUCAAUGCAUUAGGGAACAACAAAUGAAAAUUGACAAUCUCAAUAGUCUUGUCACCAUUUCGGAUUCCGAUAAAAAGUCUAGCCAGGAAUUCGCAAACCUCAAGGAAGAAACCAGUGAUAGUCAUAGCAUAUGCCAGGAAGAUGCUUUUAGAACCCCUUGUUUUAAGGCAGUUCCCAAUGCCUUUGUUGUGAAACGAUCAAAUUAUUGUACGCAACCUGAGUAUAGUCCUCUUCCAGAUACAUUAAGUAAUGUUGCUGAUGAAGACACAUGGUUAAAAAUGAACAAUGGCUACAAAGCAGACUUUGAUUCACUUCUGACUCCUGCAAGAAAAGUUCAGUCUUUUCCAUCCGGUGACAUCACUUCUGGUUGCUUAAUGAAAAAUUCCGAGCAAGAGAUCCAACAUCUCAAAAGACAAUUGGAACUUGCUACAAAAGAAAAAGAUGAACUCACGAGAAAUCACAUGGAACAAAUACUAUUGAAUAAACGGUUAAUGGGGGAGAUUUCAGAACUGCAACAAGAGGCACUACUAAUCCAAGAAAUUCCUCGACAACUGCUUGAGUCUGUGGCGAAUUGUAAAGAUAUAUAUAAGGACGUUUUGUCAAGUUUGCAGAGUUUUGUAACCAAUGAGAAUUCUUCAACCUCAAAGUUACUCUCUAGCACAAGCGAGAUUGGUACAAGUCUUUUCUCAACUUUGGAAAGCCAUUUCUCAAUGGUUAUAGAUGGCCAAAGAAGAUCCAGUGAGAACAAUACUGUCAUUCAAGAACAAAGCAAACUGCUUUGUGAGAGGUUGAGCAGCACAAUUACAUCCUUGGUACUAUCAGAAGCACCAAUGAAUGACAAUAAUCUGUCAAGCAAUCUACUACGCAACUGGGAAUAUAAGGACUGCACUUUGGGAGGCGAGAUUGCUUGUUUGAAGAUGAAGCUGGGUAAUGAUCUCAAUACAAUCAAGGAAAAAUACCAGAGCUUGACAAAAGAGUUGAAUACCAAUACUCAUCUUCUUGAGGAUUCUAAGGAAAGAUAUCAUAGCUUGGAGAGGGAGUUCCAUCUCUUGAAAGAAGAACGAGACUCUCUGCUCCAAACAGUUUCCAGUUCAUCUCAAACACUUGAACAAGUUACGAAUGAAAAGGAAAAGGUUUGGCAGGAUUUGAACACUGAAGUACAGAGAAGGAAAGAUCUUGAAGAAGAGAUCAAACAGUUUGGCAUUACCUUUGCAAGUCGACAGAAAUCACUGAUUUCUUUCCACAGUGACCUCAGAUCUAAACUUGAGAACUUCAAGGCACAAAAUCCAGUUUCAAUACCUAAAUCUCUUGGGUAUUAAUUAGGAUGGCUGUAUUCUAUGUAUUGAAAUCCAGGAACUUAUUUAACAUGCCUUUUUUUUGCCCUCCCGUUUCCCUUAUGUAACCCAAAUAUUAUGGCUUUGUUAAUCCCGAUUGUUGUGUAUUUAUAUGGACUGAUCUACUUAUAUAACCAAUCCAGACAUUAUUUCUUGACGCCUCAAUGUUAUUCAGAUUAUAUUCGUUUAGUUGUGAAAGAUCUUUUAGGUACACUGCAUACACAAUGACUUCACAAGGGAAUUUGGCUUUCCAAGUUUUGGAGGGAAAGUUAGUCAUUCUUAUUGAAGAUCAUACCCGAAUGGCAAGUAAACAUUUUGAUAUGGCAUUUGUUGUAAUAUUAAUGGGGGAAAAACAUAAAGCUAUUGAAAGUUUUCAAGUU